AUGGACCCCAGCAGGAGAAACACAACAGUGGUCGCAGAGUUCCGUCUGCUGGGUUUUGGCCAUCAUCCUGAGCUACACAUCCUUCUUUUUAUGACUUUCCUCUUGAUUUACAGUGCUGCCAUGCUUGGAAAUCUCAUCAUCAUUGUAUUAGUUCUGUAUGAUCGUCAUCUUCAAACUCCCAUGUACUUCUUUUUGGGGAAUUUGUCUUGUGUGGAGAUUUGGUACAUAUCUAAUACACUGCCCAAGAUGCUUGCCACUUUCCUCACUCUAGAGAGUACUAUUUCUUUCAAUGGCUGCCUCACACAGUUUUUUUUCUUUGGUUUUCUGAUUGGUGCGGAGACUUGCCUUCUGUCAGUGAUGUCCUAUGAUCGGUAUUUAGCCAUAUGUAGACCGCUGCAUUAUAGAACCCAUAUGAAUAACAAAAUGUGUUUCUUACUUGCAUUUGGGUCUUGGAUGAGUGGGUUCCUGGGAAGCACUGUACUAACAGUUUUGUUUGUGCAGUCUGCCUUCUGUGGUCCCAAUGAAAUAGAUCAUUUCUUUUGUGAUUUUAUCCCUUUGGUCAAACUCCUGUGCAGCGACCCUUAUAUAAUUGCUUUGCUCACUCUCCUCCUGUCCAUUACGUUCACCCUCCCUCCAUUUCUGCUGACUUUAUCAUCCUAUGUUUGUAUCAUACUCACCGUCUUAAGAAUCCCAUCCACUACUGGGAGGCAAAAGGCAUUCUCCACAUGUUCCUCUCAUCUCAUUGUAGUCACCAUUUUUUAUGGGAGCUUAAUCAUUGUGUAUCAGCUCCCACACAGUGAAACAUUGGGUGACCUGAACAAAGUCUUCUCUCUUUGGUACACAACCUUGACCCCCCUGGUGAAUCCCCUCAUUUACAGCCUCAGAAAUAGAGAGGUAAAGGAAUCUUUUAAGAAAGCCCUUCUUCAGUUUGCAUUAGUUGGCUCUAAUCUAUUAAAGUAG